AUGGGGUCAUUGCAAGGACCGGUAAUUUGCCCUGCUGUGCGUGGAAAACAAGCAGGAACUUACAGUUUUCCAAUGACUGGUCCUUUGAUCAAGGCUAGGCUUGGUAGAAGUGAAUUGUGGGGAUUUAAGGGCUUAAGUGGUUACAAAUCUAAGGUGGACCUUACUUCUCGGCAACUAAAAGCGCGAAGAUGCAAUAUAGUGCAGUGUAGUUUGAGCUCAUCAUCAGAUGGCAAUGGGAGUAAAGCAGAGAAUUUCAAUGAAAACGAUGAAGAUUAUGUCAACUCCAGUGUCGUCGAAGCUGUUGAGGUGAAGAGUGGAUCGGAUGGUUUUGUGAUCAAAAUGAGGGAUGGGAGGCACUUACGAUGUGUCCAUAAUAAUCCUCAAGGUGGGCAUCUGCCGGACUACGCUCCGCAUCCUGCAAUCGUAUUGAAGAUGGAAGAUGGGACUGGUCUUCUUCUCCCAAUAAUUGUUUUGGAGAUGCCAAGUGUGUUGCUCAUGGCAGCGGUGCGAAAUGUCCAAAUUGCAAGGCCAACUAUGUAUCAAGUGGUGAAGGAGAUGGUUGAAAAGAUGGGUUAUGAAGUCAAGCUUGUAAGAGUUACUAAGAGAGUGCAUGAAGCAUACUUUGCUCAGUUGUACCUCACUAAGAUUGGUAAUGAAACCGAAUGUGUCAGCUUUGAUCUUCGUCCAUCAGAUGCCAUAAAUAUUGCAGUUAGAUGCAAGGUGCCUAUUCAAGUGAAUAAGUACCUGGCGUACAGUGAUGGAAUGAGAGUUACUGAAUCUGGAAAGCCAAUUCAGUCUCCAGCUUCAGCUGGCUUGUUAUUCACUGAACUAGAUCAGCCCACUGGUCAACCUUGUCUUGAUACCAAGGAGUUUGAUCUUGUGCGCAACAUGUUGACAGCUGCCAUUGAGGAACGCUAUGGAGAUGCUGCUCAAUGGAGAGACAAACUUGGUCAAUUUCGAGCUAAGAGGAACUUGAAGAAAUAUACAUGA